AGAGUACUAAAAGGCACAAUACCUAUGUAUCAAAUAUAAAUAUUAAAGCACAUUGAAUUUUAGUUAAAAUUAUUUAUGAUUAACUUAAAAUUAUCUACUUAGAAUUAAAUUAUGAAAUACAUACAUAUACUACUUAUACUCAUUAUAUUAUCACUAUUUAUAAUAGUUAUCAAAUCUAAUUAUUAUGAUAAUAAUAAUCAAAAUCAGAAUCAAUAUUCAUAUCAUCAUAUUUACAAUAAUAAUAAUCAAAGGAACUAUCAAUCUAAGAAUGUCCAUAGUGAAUCAAAACAAAAUUCAUAUAACAAAGAAACAAGGAAUAAUAAUGAUAAUGAUGAUGAAAAUUUUGAAAGAAAUAAAAAAUCUAUUCGAUCUAGACAUCAUGAUUAUACAUACAGGAAUGAUCAAAUUCAAUCUCGUGGAAAUAGUGCAAAAGGUGGCAGUUAUUCAGAAAGUACAUAUUUCACAUUACAUUCUGGAACAGAUAGAUAUGGUCGACGAAAUGAUUAUUCACGAUUUCAAACACGUGGACGAUCCAAUGGUUAUCGUGAAAAUAUGUUUCUUAACAUUUUUGAUGUAGUUGGAAAUAUCAAAACAACACGAAAUAAAAGAAAGAUAACAAAAUCUGAAAAAAAAGAUCGUUACAUAAAAAAGAAUCAUAUGAAUAAUAGAGAUUCUAAUCCUAACAUCAAUGAAAAGCCAAGAUAUUCUAAAUCACCAGUUUUCCAAGGUGGAUACAGGUCAGUAGAGAAAAACUUUACUACGAAUUAUGGAAACUCAAGUAAUGCAUCAAUUCCAUUAUCCGGUAAACAAUCCCAACUAUAGUCAAAAUAUUUUGUAAUUAAUAAUAAAUGAUAUUCGUGUUGUUCAU